AUGGGCCUUGAAGCCGCCUCUGUCACGGGGCUGACGCUCAGAACGCCGUCAGCCUCCCUUUUCCCGCACGCGGCACUGUACGUUGUGCAAAUCAUUGCUCUAGCACUCCCUCCGUUCAUGGGUCGCAAACACACAUUCGCAGGCCUCAUCAUUGGCCUUGGCGUUUACGCCCACCUCCAUCCGCACUUCACUAACGACGUUGGUCUCGCCCAACCUUUUUCAAUCGCUUGGUCCUACUACUUGUCGACACUGGCGAAACUGCUCUUCAGCGGUCGUCUGGGCCCUGAAGGCAAGUUCUGGCGUACGGAUCGCCCUAAGCAAGAAGCCCUGGCAUACAAGGCCUUCAGCUGGCAGAAAAUCCGCUGGGCGCUGGCGUUGAUAUUCAACCAGCGCGGCGUACGCUGGAAUCACCAAGUGAAGAACGUGCCCGCAGUCGAAACGAAGACAAAACAUCGGUUUCUUGCGCUGCAGUUAUGGAAUGUGGUCAAAUGCCUAUUGGUCUCAGAUAUACUCUUCAACCUGUGCAGUCGCCUCUUCUACACGAACGUAGAUAACACGGUCGUCGGCAGUCUGGUGCCUACACUCAGACAUCCAGACUGGCGCUGGAGCUUUGCGAAGGCAUUCGUUUUCGGCGCCAUGCCAUACUUCAUGCUCAGCAUGCAAUAUUCUGUAUUGGCUUUUGUCGCUGUCGCGCUGGGCCUUUCCAAACCCGAGGAUUGGCCACCUCCCUUUGGUCCCCUCUCGGAUGUGACUACGAUCAGAUCAUUCUGGGGGAAAUAUUGGCACCAGCAACUCCGCCAUAUGCUGACGGCCUACACCGAUGCUUUCACUGAUGCUAUGGGGAUCACCAGAGGGACCAACUGGUCAUCCUACACAACGCUGUACCUAGCGUUCAUGCUUUCGGGGACGUUUCAUGCCCUCUCCCAACGUUUGAUGCCAUGCCCAAUCGAGGUCACCGACCGCGAACGUGUAGUCGGUUUCUUCCAGUUCUUCGUGUGGCAAGCGGCUGCGAUAACUUUGGAGGACUUUGUGCAGUGGUGUUGGAGACAGACAGCAGAGGUUCAUGGACAAGGUGACAACCAUACCUUGGCCCGCAUUAUAGGGUACGUCUGGGUCACUUGCACAAUUUGGGGCAGUCUACCCCUAGCAGGAGAUACUUUUUUGCGGAUGCGCAUGGGCGAGCAGUCUUUCCUCCCCUUCACUUUGGUCGGGCCAUUUCUCGGUAGAUUAGUACCCAUACCGCCAUAA